CUCUGACAACGUCUUCUCCUGUCCGAAGGCGCAGAUACGGCAGGAAUCGUCCCACGGUGGCUUCCCCAACCCGGUCAACCUCUUUGGCAACCUGACCUCCUCCUGCCUUUCCGACCUCCCGAGGUCGUCUCGUCGUGCCUUCCCGUGUUUCUCUUCGCUUCAGUUGCUUCCCAGUCCGGCAGCUGCUUCCCAAUUGAUCCUUCCCAUUGAUGUUCGUCUACCUACCAGCAUCCCGUGUCCCUUCUGCCCCCUCCUUCCCCCAGCCUGCCUGACACGCCUCCCACGCCUGCCACGCUUGCCAUGCCUCCCUCACUUUUGACCGUGUUGCCCACGUUACCUCAUUCGCUUCCAUACCUACCUUCCUCCAGCCUGCCUCAUCACAAAACUCUGCCCUCCCCUCGCAUCGAAAAUUUCUCUCCCUGCUUCACUUCUUCUCUCCGUCAACAAUCCAUCUCUCAAGUCUACCGCUCAGUAAGGUAGACGAUUGUGCUCAGCACACCCCAGACUCUGCCCUACGAGAGGCAUCGAUUCCAUCAACGACACUUCCCUUACUUACUCGAUACCACACCCCAUAGCUCAAUCUCGCCAAACACCGCCCGUCAUGGUGAACCCUAAGCAGCCGGGUCGCCAGUUCUCACUGGGAGCUUCCGCUCACCGCAGGAGACAGAUGAGCAACAUGCACGAGCAAGGCAAUCAUUUUGGUCCAGCUUUGACUACCCUUUACUGCGGUAUCUCUGCCGUUUUCGCCGACUCCCACACUGCUGUGGUUGCCCUUGCGAUCCAUGACACUGUCUACCUUCUGGACUUCACAGUCAAGCAUAUCAACCUUGACGAUAGCUCCCAGACCGGCAACGAUGCCAUUGCCGACUAUGUCAUCAAUACUCUUGAAGACUAUGAGCAUGCCAACUUUUCCAAGUUCAUUGGCGCCGGUCUGCCCAUGACCCUCAAGUACAUGAGCCAGACUCUGUGCUCCCGUCUUUGGCUCGAGCUCGACAUCGUCCCCGUUGUCUUGCGCCCUGACGAUGAGCACAAGGAGAAGAGCUUCUGGGACAUCAAGCGCGUUGACGAGCAGGCCGAUUCCAUGGCCCGCAAGUGCAUCAUGAAUUUCGGUCCCUCCCUCGUUCCUCUUCUCCAGGUUGGCUGGAGAGGUGUCGUCCAGACCGACGCGGGCUUCCGUGUGCAGCUCAACACGAUCCAGAACCACAAGGAUACCUGCGGUGCUCCGACUUGGGAUGCCACCAUGUUCUUUGCCAAGCUGCUUCGCGAGAACAAGACCAAGAUUGCCUUCUUCAGCAGUACCCCUCAAGGUGGUGGAGUCGCCUUGAUGCGACAUGCUCUCGUCAGGUUUGCUCGAACUAUUGGUGUCGACCUGACCUGGUAUGUGCCCAAGCCAAGGCCCGGCGUCUUCAGGGUGACCAAGAAUAUCCACAACAUCCUCCAGGGCGUCAGCCACCCCGAUCAGCGCAUCUCGGCUGAGGAGAAGCAGUCCAUUAUCGACUGGAUUACGGAUAAUGCCAAUCGCUACUGGCUUUCUGAGGGAGGUCCUCUGCGACCCCCCGAAGAGGGCGGAGCCGACGUUGUCAUGAUUGAUGACCCGCAAAUGCCUGGCUUGAUUCCCCUGAUCAAGAAGAUUACGCCGGAUCGUCCUGUCCUCUACAGAUCCCACAUCCAGAUUCGCAGCGACCUUACUGGAAAGGCUGGUUCCCCUCAGGAGGACAUCUGGAACUUCCUGUGGAGCAACAUUCAGCAUGCCGACAUGUUCAUCAGCCAUCCUAUUCCCAUCUUCGUUCCGCACAACGUGCCUCGCGAGAAGGUGGUCUACCUCCCGGCCACCACUGAUUGGCUCGACGGUCUGAACAAGCCUCUUAACAGGUGGGAUACUGGCUACUAUGGCCACAUCUACAACACUGCCUGCCGUAACCAGGGAAUGACUGAGCUAGAGUGGCCUGCGCGCAAGUACAUCAUCCAGGUGGCUCGCUUCGACCCGUCCAAGGGCAUCCCCACCGUGAUUGACUCUUAUGCCGAAUUCCGGCGUCUGUUGGAGGAGAAGGGCGAGACGGACAUCCCUCAGCUCGUUGUCUGUGGCAAUGGCUCAGUCGAUGACCCUGACGCGAGCAUGAUCUACGAUCAGACUAUGAAUCAGCUCGAGAAGCAUUAUCCUCACCUCGUCAAGGACUGCAGCAUCAUGCGCCUCGAGCCCAACGACCAGCUCCUCAACACCGUCAUCGCCAAUGCUCACGUUGUUCUUCAGCUCUCUACCCGCGAGGGUUUUGAGGUCAAGGUUUCGGAGGCGCUGCACGCUGGCCGCCCGGUCAUUGCGACUCUUGCUGGCGGUAUUCCGCUUCAGGUCAAGGAUAACGUCAACGGCUUCUUGGUCAAGCCCGGCGACUACAAGGCCGUUGCAGGUCACCUGUUGAACCUCUUCACCGAUGCUGACCUGCACAAGAAGAUGAGCCACGCCGCCGCCACUGGUGUGAGCGAUGAGGUCGGCACUGUCGGCAAUGCUCUGGGCUGGUUCUACCUUGCCGCCAAGUGGGCCGAAGUCGGUGUCAAGCCUGGCCUGCGCGGCGAUGAGCGCUGGGUCAAUGACAUGGCUCGCGAGGAGGCCGGCAAGCCUUACAGCGACAACGAGAACCGUCUGCCUCGUCACUUUACUGAGAAGAAGGAGAUUCCCGUCGUCUCUGGAAAGACUAAUGGCCAGAACGGUGACGACGGCCACUAAGUGCUUGGAGCUGAUCUCGUGCGAAUGAACGUAUUAUGAGGUUGUGACAUGUUGCGGCUAGGACUUGGGUCGCUAAGAAAUUAUGGUAUCGUGGAAAGAAAAAACGGUGGUUCUCGGGGUCUUUCAUAGACUGAGAUGUAUGGUUGAUAAAUGGCUUUCUUCGUCAGUAGUCGAAUUGAUAUCCUCACUUUAGUGCAACUUUAGCGUUUGAAACUGCAGAUGUUAUCUUUGACUGAUGGCGGGAGGCGAGAGAUAAUCGUAGAGAUGGUGUGAAGAUGGGGGAUGAAAUGUUUCGAUGAGGACAAUUGUGUUGGGG